AUUUGAUUUUUUUUGAAAUUCCUCCAUCGAAUACGGAUCUAUUACGUUUUGUUAAAGAUCGAUUGACACCAUCGUCAUCGUCAUCAAACAUGUCGACGGAUAAAUUAUUGGCCAUAAUACGGUCACAUUCGUUACAAGGUCAAUAUACACAGAUGGCAGAUUAUAUAUUUGGUGAUAUUGCAUUUAAAAAUUCAUUGAUUGUCGAUGAAUUGAUACGAAAUCUAGAUAUCCAAGAAAAUACUGUUGCUAUUCUUUAUUUGCUUUGUCGACAACAAACAAAUCAACAGAAUAAUCUGAAUGGCAGUGGUGGUGGUGUCAAUGCAAGUUCAUCAUCAUCAACGACAACGGCAAGUUCAUCCAAUAAAAAUAACAACAAUAAUACGGCUAAUCCAACGAAAUCAUCGUCAUCAUCAAGACAAUCGAUAUCACAAAUUAUUGAAUUCAUAAAUGAUUGUAAUGAAAAUCAGAUUAAACAAGCACCGAAUCAUUUUGCAUCAUUAUGUCAUUCAUUGACUGAAUACCUGAUGGAAAUUGAUCAACCAUUAAAAGGUUUAGAGCCAUUAUCAAGAUCUAUACAAAAAGUACAACAAUCACCGACACAAUUAACAUCGAUACAUACAGAUCUAUGUAAAUUGGCAUUGAUUGGAAAAUGUUUGAAACCAGCACUGACAUUUCUUGAUAUCGAUAUCACCGAUAUAAGUCGUGAAAAUGAUUGUUAUGAUGUAAAAUAUUUUCUUUCCUAUUAUUAUUAUGGUGGUAUUAUAUAUUCAAUCAUACAGAAUUAUGAACGUGCUUUUCUGUUCUUUCAAACGGUAUUAUCAGUUACCGGUGCUGCGAUUUCCCAAAUUUCAAUCGAAGCAUAUAAGAAAUAUAUUCUUGUUUCAUUAUUACAAAAUGGACGUGUUAUACCUUUGAUGGCAAAACAAGUGAAUAAUUAUCUUAAUCGUUCAGUAAAACCAUUUUGUGGCCCUUAUAAUAUGCUUAUAACUGAAUAUACAAAUGGAUCCAUUGAAUCAUUGAACGAUUUAUUAGAUACUUAUCGUAAAGAUUUUCAAGAUGAUCAAAAUAUUGGCCUCGUCAAACAAGUGAUUAGUUCAUUGGUCAAAGUGAAGAUGCAAAAAUUGACCAAAACAUUUAUGACACUAUCGUUGAAAGAUAUGGCCCAACGUGUUCAUCUACCGAAUGUUGAAGAAGCUGAAAAGAAAAUUCUUCAUAUGAUUGAAAAUGGUGAAAUAUUUGCACAGAUCAAUCAAAAAGAUGGUAUGGUAGAAUUUCAUGAUAAUCCAGAAAAAUAUGAUUCAUUACAAAUGUAUAAAAUGAUUGAAGAACAGAUUAACAAAUGUAUGUGUUUGAAUGAAAAAUUGAAAACAUUAGAUCAGGAUAUAGCUAUCAAUCCAAAAUAUAUACAAAAAAUGCGUAAUAAUGAUGGUGAUUUGGUUUGAUGAAAUAAUAAUGUUGUUGCUGUUUUAUGGA